CAUCUACGCCGAGUUCGCCUCGCGGCUCGCCGAGAAGGUCGCGGCGUUCAAGGUCGGGAACGGCCUCGAGAAGGACACCACGCACGGCCCGCUCAUCCACGACCGCGCGAUCGAGAAGGUGCAGCGGCACGUCGAGGACGCGCUGGCGCAGGGCGCACAGCUGCUCCUCGGGGGCAAGCGCAUCGAGGGGCCGGGCUCGUUCUUCGCGCCGACGGUGCUCUCGGACGUGCCGCACAACGCGCUCGUGAACCAGGAGGAGACGUUCGGGCCGCUCGCUGCGCUGACGCGCUUCGAGACUGAGGAGGAGGUGAUCCGGCUGGCGAACGAUACGUCUGUGGGGCUGGCGGGAUACUUCUUCUCGCGGGACGUUGGGCGGGUGUGGCGGGUUGCGGAGGCGCUGGAGGUGGGUAUGGUGGGCACGAACACGGGCGUGAUCAGCCAGGCGGUGAUUCCGUUUGGGGGUGUGAAGGAGAGUGGGCUUGGUCGCGAGGGCGGACAUGGGAUCGAGGAGUACAUGAACGUGAAGUUCAUCGCGUUUGGCGGCUUGUGAGCAAUACUGACACAUAUCAAGCGAACUUCCUGCGAGAAUUUAGGACAAGCACAGUCCCGGGGUGGGAGGCCGGUCUUCUCUCGCGGCUUGCAGUGUCAUCCGAUGAGUAUUUGGGUACUUGUCACGCAAGUACCUACUUGCCUCCAGUAUGCAUAGCUGGAUCCGUCGGUAGACCGCAUCGAUCCCUAUCGAUCCCGCCGAUUAGGUACCUCCUUCAAUCCUUU